CUUCCCCUUGGCAGCUGACGAGGCGAGGUACAACACGACACCGUUUCAUACUGCAACCAUGUUGGUUCAGCUUCCCCGCUUGACGAGCUCUCUCAGAGAGCCGUUCGACAUCGACCAAGCGUAUCUUAACCGGAAAACCGUUCUGCAAAACCUCGACAAACCUCGCAGUUCCAAGAAUGCACUUGAUGAGUCAGAGCUUGCCAGGAGGAUAGUUCAUCAAUGGGAUGGAGCUUCUCCUGAUGUGCGGCAAGCAUACAAGCAGUUUAUUGGAGCUGUAGUGGAGUUGAUUGACAGGGAAAUUCCAUCAGAUGACUUUCGCGAGGUUGCUUUUGCUGCAUAUCGUCUUUUUGGAAGAACAGAAAAAGACGAUGACAAUUCAAAUAAUAAAAGUAUUGCUGAGAAGAAGUUAGAGCUGCAAAACCUUGUUGGACACGCUGUCUCAGAUGCUAAUCUUAAGAAAGUUGUCUCCUUAGCUCAGAUACUUUAUACACUACAGCCUUGUCACCAGUCUGAGACAUAUGUCAAUGAGAUUGAUGGCAGAGCUGAGUUUGGUGCUGACCUUGUUUUUAACGCACCAGCUCGGUUUCUGGUUGAAGCACCUCUUGAAGAUGGAGGGUUUAUGGAUGAGGAAAGCAACGAGACCUCUGUAUCAUUUGCUGAAGGAUGGAGCGAUUUCAAUGACACAACAAACAAUCGGCCUGCAGGAAAAUAUAAUUUAAGUUGGCUGAGAGAUGCAUGUGGGCGGAUAGUUAGAGAAAGUAAUUCACAGCUGUCUCGCGAUGAAUUGGCUAUGGCUAUAUGCCGAUUCCUAGACUCAGAGAAACCUGGUGAGGAGAUAGCUGGGGAUUUGUUAGACCUUGUUGGGGAUGAUGCAUUUGAGAUUGUUCAAGACCUUAUAUCCCAUCGAAAAGAAAUUGUCAAUGCAAUCCACCAUGGUCAAUCGGUACUCAAGUCUGACAAAACGGCUUCAAACUCCCAAUCUCAAAUGCCUACCUAUGGUACACAGGUUACUGUUCAAACAGAGUCUGCGAGGCAAAUCGAAAAACUCCGGCGCAAGGAGGAAAAGAGAAACAAGCGCAGCACCGAACUUGGUUUAGAGAAUGAAAUAUCUGCGGCAAACUUUUCUUCCUUACUUGAAGCAAGUGAAAGGAAGAAUGCUUUGGAUAAUUUGAUUGGGUCUGGUGAAGGAAGCAAUUCUCUUGCCGUUGCUCUUCCCCAAGGUACUAUAAGGAAGCACUUAAAAGGAUACGAGGAAGUGAUUAUCCCUCCGACCCCAACUGCACAAAUGAAACCUGGAGAGAAGUUGAUUGAGAUAAAAGAGUUAGAUGACUUUGCUCAAGCUGCAUUUCAUGGUUACAAGUCUUUGAACCGCAUCCAAAGUCGAAUAUUUCAGACAGUUUAUCUCACGAACGAGAAUAUAUUGGUUUGUGCUCCAACAGGAGCUGGUAAAACAAAUAUAGCUAUGAUUUCUAUUCUACAUGAGAUUAAACAACACUUCAGGGAUGGGUACUUGCACAAAAACGAGUUUAAGAUUGUUUAUGUAGCUCCCAUGAAGGCAUUAGCUGCAGAAGUAACAUCAGCAUUUAGCUGUCGUUUAGCUCCAUUGAAUAUGAUUGUGAAGGAACUUACUGGAGAUAUGCAACUCACCAAGAAUGAACUUGAAGAAACUCAGAUGAUAGUGACGACACCUGAGAAAUGGGAUGUCAUUACUCGUAAAAGUAGUGAUAUGUCAUUAUCAAUGCUCGUAAAACUCUUAAUAAUUGAUGAAGUGCAUCUUCUGAAUGAUGAUCGAGGUCCAGUAAUUGAGGCUCUUGUAGCUCGGACCCUCCGUCAGGUGGAGUCAACUCAGACAAUGAUAAGAAUAGUUGGCCUGUCAGCCACUUUGCCAAGCUACCGAGAGGUUGCUCAGUUUCUCCGAGUGAAUCCAGACACAGGCCUUUUCUUUUUUGAUUCCAGUUAUCGCCCAGUGCCCCUCGCUCAGCAGUACAUAGGGAUCAGCGAGCAUAACUUUGCAGCUAGAAACGAAUUGCUACACGAGAUUUGCUACAAAAAGGUUGUUGAUUCACUUAGACAAGGUCAUCAAGCAAUGGUUUUUGUUCAUUCCCGAAAAGAUACAGCAAAAACAGCUGAGAAACUGAUUGAGCUUGCCCGGAAAUAUGAGGCUGCCGAUUUGUUUAAGAAUGAUAGUCAUCCACAGUUUGGCCUGAUGAAGAAAGAAGUCAUGAAGUCCAGAAACAAGGAUCUUGUCAAUUUCUUUGAAGCUGGUGUUGGUGUUCAUCAUGCCGGAAUGCUGCGAGCUGAUAGAACACUUACUGAGAGGCUUUUUGCUGAUGGACUCUUGAAAGUGCUUGUUUGCACUGCAACCCUUGCAUGGGGUGUAAAUCUGCCUGCACACACAGUUGUUAUUAAGGGAACACAGUUGUAUGAUCCAAAGGCUGGAGGGUGGAAAGACCUGGGGAUGCUUGAUGUCAUGCAGAUUUUCGGGAGGGCCGGGAGACCCCAGUUUGACAAGAGUGGUGAAGGCAUUAUCAUUACAUCCCAUGACAAGCUAGCAUACUAUCUACGGUUGCUGACAAGUCAACUUCCCAUAGAAAGUCAGUUUAUAAGCUCCUUGAAAGACAAUUUAAACGCAGAAGUGGUUUUGGGAACCGUGACAAAUGUUAAGGAAGCUUGUGCUUGGCUUGGAUAUACAUAUUUGUCCAUCCGGAUGAGAUUAAAUCCUUUGGCUUAUGGGGUUGGAUGGGAUGAGAUAAUUGCGGAUCCUUCUUUAACUUUGAAGCAACGGGCACUUGUGACUGAUGCUGCACGUGCACUUGACAAAGCUAAGAUGAUGCGGUUUGAUGAGAAAAGUGGAAACUUUUACUGCACUGAGCUCGGGCGAAUCGCAAGUCACUUCUAUAUCCAAUAUUCUAGUGUUGAAACAUACAAUGAAAAAUUGAAGCGGCACAUGAAUGAAAGCGAGAUAAUUGAUAUGGUUGCCCAUUCUUCCGAAUUUGAAAAUAUUGUUGUAAGAGAGGAGGAACAGAAUGAGCUUGAGAUGCUUGUACGCAGUUGCUGCCCAUUAGACAUUAAGGGGGGUCCUUCAAACAAGCAUGGAAAAAUUUCAAUUCUCAUUCAGUUGUACAUAUCCCGUGGUUCAAUUGAUACAUUUUCUCUUGUCUCCGACGCUGCAUAUAUAAGCGCUAGUUUAGCACGGAUAAUGCGUGCUCUUUUUGAAAUUUGCUUGCGAAGAGGGUGGUGUGAGAUGUCUUUAUUUAUGUUGGAAUACUGCAAGGCAGUUGAUCGCCAAGUUUGGCCUUAUCAGCAUCCUCUAAGGCAAUUCGGGAGGGAUAUAUCUUUCGAUGUGUUGAGAAAACUCGAAGAGCGAGGGGCUGACUUAGACCGUCUAUAUGAGAUGGAGGAGAAAGACAUUGGAGCACUGAUUCGCUACAAUCCUGGGGGAAAGUUGGUCAAGCAAUAUCUAGGAUACUUUCCUUCAAUUCUGUUGUCAGCUACUGUCAGUCCAAUUACACGCACUGUAUUGAAGGUUGAUUUGGUUAUAACUCCAGAUUUUGUUUGGAAAGAUCGCUUUCAUGGCGCUGCUCUACGUUGGUGGAUUCUCAUCGAGGACACUGAGAAUGAUCAUAUUUACCACUCAGAGCUUUUUACACUGACAAAGCGGAUGGCUAGAGGGGAACCUCAGAAGCUUUCCUUCACUGUACCAAUAUUUGAACCGCAUCCACCUCAAUACUAUGUUCAUGCUGUUUCUGACUCUUGGUUGCAUGCGGAGUCUUUCUACACAAUUUCUUUCCAUAACCUUGCAUUACCAGAGGCACGAACUUCUCACACGGAGCUUCUGGACUUGAAACCUCUUCCCGUAACUGCUCUUGGGAAUAAGUUAUAUGAAUCACUUUAUAAGUUUUCUCAUUUCAAUCCAAUCCAGACCCAGAUAUUUCAUGUGUUGUAUCAUACAGACAACAAUGUUCUCUUAGGAGCUCCAACUGGAAGUGGAAAAACUAUAUCUGCCGAGCUUGCCAUGCUACGUCUAUUCAGUACUCAGCCUGACAUGAAGAUUGUUUAUAUAGCACCACUGAAGGCCAUCGUUCGGGAAAGAAUGAAUGAUUGGAGAAAACAUCUUGUUGCUCGACUUGGAAAGGAAAUGGUUGAAAUGACCGGAGAUUAUACUCCAGAUCUGGUAGCUCUCUUGUCAGCAGAUAUCAUUAUAUCUACCCCUGAAAAAUGGGAUGGUAUUAGUCGGAAUUGGCAUACUCGAAGUUACGUAAAAAAGGUCGGACUAGUAAUUUUGGAUGAGAUUCACUUGCUGGGAGCUGAAAGAGGACCCAUCCUUGAGGUUAUCGUCUCUAGGAUGAGAUAUAUAUCAUCACAGACCGAACGUGCAGUGAGAUUUGUUGGUCUUUCUACUGCUCUAGCAAAUGCAGGUGAUUUGGCUGAUUGGUUGGGCGUUGGAGAGACUGGACUUUUCAAUUUUAAGCCAAGUGUCAGACCUGUACCUAUUGAAGUUCAUAUCCAGGGUUAUCCUGGAAAAUAUUACUGCCCAAGGAUGAAUAGCAUGAACAAGCCGGCAUAUGCAGCCAUAUGUACCCAUUCACCUACUAAACCAGUUCUUAUAUUUGUUUCAUCUCGUAGACAGACAAGGCUUACGGCACUAGACCUUAUUCAGUUUGCGGCCUCAGAUGAGCACCCACGGCAGUUUCUGAAUAUGGCAGAGGAAGACUUGCAGAUGGUCCUCUCCCAGGUCAUUGACCAAAACCUAAGGCAUACGUUGCAAUUUGGUAUUGGGUUGCAUCAUGCAGGAUUGAAUGAUCAUGAUAGAUCUGUGGUUGAAGAGCUUUUCGUGAACAACAAGAUUCAGGUGUUGGUCUCAACAAGUACCUUAGCAUGGGGAGUAAACUUACCAGCCCACUUGGUUAUCAUAAAGGGAACAGAGUAUUUCGAUGGAAAAACCAAAAGAUAUGUUGACUUCCCACUUACAGAGAUCUUGCAAAUGAUGGGUCGGGCAGGCCGUCCGCAGUUUGAUCAACAUGGGAAAGCGGUCAUUCUUGUACAUGAUCCUAAAAAGAGUUUCUACAAAAAGUUCUUGUAUGAGCCAUUCCCAGUUGAAAGCAGCCUGAAAGAGCAGUUGCACGAUCACUUCAAUGCAGAAAUUGUUUCUGGGACAGUUGGCAAUAAAGAAGAUGCUGUGCAUUAUCUUACCUGGACCUACUUAUUCCGUAGACUGAUGGGUAAUCCUGCCUACUAUGGGCUAGAAAGCACUGAAGAUGAAACAGUGUGUUCCUACUUGUCAAGAUUGGUGCAGAACACAUUCGAGGAUCUGGAGGACAGUGGAUGCAUCAGAAUAAAUGAAAACAGUGUGGAGCCUAUGAUGCUGGGUACAAUAGCAUCACAGUAUUACCUCGGCUACAUGACAGUGUCCAUGUUUGGUUCUAAUAUAGGCGCUGACACGACACUCGAAGCAUUUUUGCAUAUCUUGGCUGGUGCAUCCGAGUAUGAUGAACUUCCAGUGAGGCACAAUGAGGAAAAUUACAACAAAGCGCUGUCUGAGAAAGUCCGAUAUCCCGUGGAUAAGAACCAUCUAGAUGAUCCUCAUGUUAAGGCUAAUCUGCUCUUCCAGGCACAUUUUUCUCAGUUGGCACUUCCGAUCAGUGAUUAUGUCACGGAUUUAAAGUCGGUGCUGGACCAAAGCAUUCGGAUCCUCCAAGCCAUGAUCGAUAUAUGCGCCAACAGUGGGUGGCUCUCGAGCUCUCUCACUUGCAUGCAUCUUUUGCAAAUGGUCAUGCAGGGCUUGUGGUUUGGUCAAGGUUCUUCGCUGUGGAUGAUCCCAUGCAUGAACGAUGAUCUUCUCGGAUGUCUGACCAAGAGAGGAAUUCACACUCUGAAGCAGUUAUUAGAUCUUCCGAAACCUGCUAUCCAAAGCAUAACGGGAAACUCAGCAACUUCGAGACUAUUUCAAGAUCUACAGCACUUUCCCCGGAUUCAGAUGAAAGUGAGACUCCAGAAGAAGGGAGCUGGCAGUGAGAAACCUUCAUCGCUCGAGAUCAAGUUGGAGAAGACUUCUAAGAGGAACAACUCGAGGGCAUUUGCUCCUCGUUUCCCGAAGGUGAAAGACGAGGCAUGGUGGUUGGUUUUGGGUAACACCUCAACUUCGCAACUCUAUGCCCUGAAGAGAGUUUCUUUCACCGGCCGUCUCGUCACUCGCAUGGAGUUGCCUCCUAAUUCCAACUCUUUCCAGGAUAUGAAACUCAUUUUAGUUUCAGAUUGUUAUGUCGGGUUUGAGCAAGAACAGUCCAUUGAAGAUGUCGCAGAGCGUUGAGGAUAACAUGAGAAGGCACAAUGCAGGUUAUGAUAUGAUAUUCCAAAAUGUCAUUUUCUGGGCACACAUUGAAUCUUGGCCCGAAUUUGCAUUAAGUUUGUCGUCCAAAACCUUUUGAAUUUAAUUUUAAAAAGGUAUUGUUUUUUUUUUUUAA